CUUAAACAGUGACAAAAGAAGGCAGGUGCGUAGGACGAGUUUGAAUGUUAUCUGUCUGUCUGAUUUGAACUUUGUUUCUAAUUAAGGGAGUUUUGUGUGCACCAACAGAGGUACUCCGGGGCAGGAAGAUUGGCACCCCUGGGUGCCACACUGGAGACCUGAGAUUUACAUUGCUAUCUUCGUACAGAUCUGUUCAGUCCAUAAGGACAUUGCAAUGGUCUCCUCUCCAUCUUUGCAGCGUGCUUUUAUUUUUAUUCUCCUGGGGGGCCUCAGGGCUUUAGCCUUGGACAAAUUCACUGCAGCAGUAUACGAACAUGCAGUCAUACUGGCAAAAGCCACACUGAACCCUGUUUCUCCUGAAGAUGCCUUAAAAUUGAUGAACCAAAAUAUGGACAUCUUAGAAGAUGCCAUCCAAAAGGCAGCAAAGCAGGGUGCACACAUCAUUGUGACUCCAGAAGAUGGCAUAUAUGGAUUUAACUUCACUAGAGAAACAAUUUAUCCUUACCUUGAGGACAUCCCAGAUCCACAGGUCAAUUGGAUUCCAUGUACUGACCCCAAAAGAUUUGGAUCUGCUCCAGUACAAGAAAGGCUGAGCUGCCUGGCAAGGCACCAUUCAAUCUAUGUGGUUGCCAAUAUUGGGGAUAAGAAGAAAUGCAAUUAUACAGACCCAAAGUGCCCUAGCGAUGGCCGCUAUCAGUACAAUACAGACGUUGUCUUUGAUUCAGAUGGAAAGCUGGUGGCACGAUACCACAAGUUUAAUUUGUUUAUGGUGGAACAUCAGUUUGAUUCCCCUAAAGAGCCUGACCUUGUAACCUUCGAUACUGCCUUUGGAAAAUUUGGCCUCUUCACCUGCUUUGAUAUCCUCUUCCAUGAUCCUGCUGUGGCCCUUGUAACCCAGCUCUCUGUGGACACCAUCCUUUUCCCUACAGCCUGGAUGAACGUCCUCCCACAUUUAUCUGCUAUCGAAUUCCAUUCAGCUUGGGCCAUGGGCAUGCGUGUCAAUGUUCUGGCAGCUAAUACUCACAGUCCUGGGCUGAAUAUGACAGGUAGUGGUAUCUACACACCAUCUGGAUCCCGAGCAUAUCAUUAUGAUGCAGAAUCAGAGAAUGGACACCUUUUGAUUGCAGAAAUCUAUUCCCAUCCUUCUUGUUCUCCCACGUGUCUUCCUGCUGUUAACUGGAGCUUGUAUGCCACAACUAUUGAACAAUUCCCUGAGGACCAUACUUUCCCUGGAAUUGUUUUCUAUGAUGAAUUCACCUUAUCGAAGCUCACAGAAGACGCUGGCAAUCUUACAGUGUGCCAAAAAAGUCUCUGCUGCCAUUUAAACUAUAGGAUGACGGAACAACAAGAAGAUGAACUUUAUGCGCUAGGGGCAUUCGAUGGCCUUCAUGUGGUUGAAGGAGAAUAUUACUUACAGAUAUGCACAUUGCUGAAGUGUGGAAGUACAGACCUUCAGAGCUGUGGCCAAUCAACCAUUACUGCUCGUUCCCAUUUUGAUUUCUUUUCUCUCAGUGGCACAUUUAGCACAAACUACAUCUUCCCAGAGGUUUUACUCAGUGGGAUUCGUUUGGCCCCUGGAGGGUUUCAGGUUUUGAGUGAUGGACAACUGAUCAGUCAGAAUGGUACCUCUCAGGCACUUUUAACUGUGACACUUUUUGGGAGAUGGUAUGAGAAGGAUCCUCAACCUAUACAGAUUCACAAUAUAAUCCUCUGAGCUAUGAGUAUGACAUUUCUACAAAGCAGUUGUUUGACACUUUAUUGUUUCAAUUGUCAUUAAUCUUAUUGUGAUGGAUAUCUCAUCUGAAUGGCUGUGUAUUGAUGAUGGAUAAAUUGAUGCUAUGUUUAAUCUUGGCUAACAAAUCCCAAGGAACACAAGUCUCUCAAAGUUUGUCCUAAUAAAGAUGCAACAAUAUAAUAGUUCAUAGUUAUUGGUUAGGCUAUUCCUUAAAGCAUGCCACACGUACAAGGUCCCUGGAAGCUCAAAAUAAGGAUAAUCUCCAAGUAGUGCUGCAUAGCACUGAUUAGGGCAGAUAUUUGAAGCCACUUUAAAAUACAUCAGAUAGUUACGAUCAUGGCUGUGCCAACACCACCUCAUCUCUUUGUGGGCCAGAAACGACUCAACCUGCCCCAGAGUGUUCUGCGGAUCUUUUAGUUAGAAUCAGCCCUCUGAUCAGAAGGAAUCAGAAAACCAGACUUCAGGCUUUCUGUAAUCAAGAAUGAGAAAAACUCACCUGCUAUAACAUCUUGGUGUUUCAUUAUUUUCAAUCAAGAAGUUGGCUGGGUUGACAUAGUGAACCUGGCUUAGAUUGUAAUGUGAAUCCCACCAACAUUUGAUUGAAAAUAAUGAGCCAUGCUAGUCAACACUCAUAUAGUUCACUGUGGCCUUCACCCCACUCAAUGCCUGAUGCUCCUUAUUAAAAAUAAGAUAAUCAUGUUCUAGGAGAGAGAGGACUUGUAUGUAGGAGUCUAAAGUAUGUGUAAUUUUCUCUAAGGCAAUGAAUUUGCUUUUCAAAUAAAUAUUGAGAAGAAUUUUUGAGUUGACACGAGUAAGCCUUCCUGCUAUAAGGUAAUCAACAUGGAUAUACAGAAAAGGGGACUAAAUAUGAAUGAAAAGAUAUGGUGAAACUAUGCUGAAUAAAAAAUGCCUAUAGAAAUAAGGGUACUAGCUAAGAGAUUAUAGAAACUUCAGAUUGAGCGGGAGGGAGGGAGGGGAGGAAAGUUCUUGGAAAAUGAAGUAUCAACAAAAGAUGGACAGUGAUAAGUUAGAAAGCAUGCACUUUGCAUACAAAUAGUUUUACUCAAGCAGCAAUCAUGGGCAAUAUCUUUAACAGAAUCAACUAAAAUGGCAGAAAAAAUAUGCUAGUAUUUGAAUUACCCAGAUUUUUUCCUCAAGCAAGAUGUAACAAAAAGCAGGAUAUGGAGAAGAAGCAAAAAGCUAUUGUAGUCAUGAGACCUGUUGCUUAGACUCAGGCUCAAGUUAUAGUAGUGUGUGUGUGUGCAUGUGCACAUGUCCCUUGAGAAUCCAGCAAAUGUAAAUUGAUGCUUCCUGUUUAGAAAAUUGGGGUAAUUCUUGGCUAAGGAAUAAAAAUUCCAUUACAUAAAUAUAGGGAGAUUUAGACGUGUUCUUUACAUCUGUAUUACAGUGUGCAAUGUCAGUGUAUAUAAGUAACAAUCUUACAUUUGGAAAUCAGUGGUAUUUCCAUUUUAUAUGCUCAACCAGAUCCUUGAUGCAAUUGAUGGAGUUGAACUUUGAAAUCUAGUCUGAUAGUGAUCUGAUGGAAGCUGCAGGUCCUUAUCUGCUCUUAUUUUAAAUAUUGGCCUUGGGUGAUCUUUACCACCUAUCGCAUCCUAGGCAUUUCUAUAAAUCAUCCUUCCCCAACUCAGCAUCCUCCAGCUGUCAGCAUAUAACUGCCAUCGUCUAGUACGGAUGAUUGGAUUUGUAAUGCAACACCUUUGGAGGAUGCCAAGAUGGGGAAGACCAAUCUAAAUCCUUCCUUUGAGAUUUUACAGAAGAAUUUUAUUUAGUUACAGCAAACUUUGUCUUAAAAUCGAUUGAACACACAAGAACAAAUUUGUCAUGCAAGGAAAGGAGGCAGGAAACCUGAUUUCUUGAAGACUAUUUACACUUAAAAAGGCUUCCAAAUCAAGCCUAUACUGUAAUCAAUAUUAAGUACGAACACUGUCCCAAGUCAGCAUGAUUCCCUAAAGAAGCUUGAUGGAAAGUCUUCAUGACUUUGGAACAUGAGAAUAAUUUGUUAUAGUCCUUUCCUGGCCAAAAGAAAUGCCUUUCUUUCUGUCAGUAUUCCUGCAUAGCAACCUUCGGGUGUUGCCAAGAUAAACAAAAAACACCUGUCCACAGUGCCCUGUUCCUUAGAAAAGCAGUGCUUUCAAAACAAUGCCUUUAACUGAUAAGCUGACAACUCAGUUAAAUUCUAAAAAUAUUAGCAUUGCAAAAGGUAGUUAACUGUGUAUUAACCUAGAAAGAUGUUCACAUUCAGAAUUAAUAUAAUGGCAACGACAGGCUUUUGAAGUUGUGAUUCUAUGUGUUCUUGCAUGCGUGUAACUAUUGUUAAAUUUAAUAGGGCUUAUUUCUGAGGAGCACAUUAAAGAUUGUACUAAAUAGUUUGUUACCUGAACGCUAUGCAAGUAGACAUCUCAUGCAGUGGGACUUGCUUUCCUUCAAUGGUGAAUUUCUUCCACACCCACCUCUCUUCUCCAGAUUUGAAGGAAUCCAUGCUACUGAUGGAUACUAUACUGUUCGUAGAUUGAAAUUGCUGGGUACGUUUCUCUGUUUGUAAAGAAUUGUAUCUUAAAACUGCUCAAUUCUAUAGCACUGCAAGAAAGGAGACAAACUGGUUAUAUUUAACUUCCUGACUGCAAUCUACUUCUAAAGUGGCUAUUUUUUGGAAACUUCAGUGUAGAUAUCGAGCAAAACCAUUGCCCAGCUUAACAAUGAAUUUGGGGGGGGGGGGGAUCAUUCAAUCGAUCCUCGGUGACUGCCUGGACUAGUCCCUGCAGUUUUCUUGGCAAGAUUUCAGAAGUGGUUUGCCAUUGCGUCCUUCCUAGGGCUAAGAGAGAGUGACUGGCCCAAGGUCACCCAGCUGGCUUUCCUGCCUAAGGUGGGACUAGAACUCACUGUCUCCUGGUUUCUAGCCCGUUGCCUUAACCGCUAGACCAUACCGGCUCUCAAAUACUAAUUAAAUAUUAACUAUUGUAAGCCCUAAUGAUAUACUGAAGGAUGAUGGUUAAAUUCUGUGGACAUAAUGUUUUAAGAGUUACAGUGGUGUGUAACAGGAUCGUUGGUGUGCUUGAAAUGAUUCUGUAAUUUCGCUGUCCAGGGAAAACUUAAAUAAAUAAUAAUCAUUGUUCAAA